AUGGAUUCACCCCGCUGUUUUUCUGUCAACAGUGAUGUUUUUGCGACUGACUUUGAUCCCAUUAUUCGCCUACGUGUGUACCGACGUCGCGACAUUACUGCUCUGGCGACGGACACCGCGGAGACGUUAGACCUGGGCCGCGAGGUUGUACUACUUCAACCGGUGGCAGAGACCUACUUGGAGGAUGUUAACACAUCCCCAGAGCUUGCAAUUUGUCUUGCCGAACAUGAAGAGUCUUAUUCGGUGGAAAAGUUGCAACCAACCGACUUUAUUUCGUCCCCGCUUCGUGUGGAAAACGUUGUUGUUGCCGCAUCACUUUGCUUGUGGAGGAACAUUAGACGCACCAAUGACAUUGUUGAAGCCGCACGAGACCGUUUCCUGCGUGGGGUUGAAGUAAAACGUCGAACAAAGAAGAGCAAGCUGCUUUUACGCCGCUUUUUACGAUUUCUCAACGAACUGUUCGUGGAUGUGGUGGUUUUGUCAACUGACAGAAGGUCAGUGGUUGUGUCGUGCGCCAAUACCGCCCAUCGCUCCUCUAUACACACUGUUGCCAGCAUGAGAAGACGAUCGUGCCCAAGUUUUCGUACCCUUAUUGCAUUGGAGUUUAACCCCAGCGAGGGGUACUGGAGUCCGUUGCUGCUUCCGGUGCGGCUUCAAACCCAACGAUCAAUGAUGCAGCCUUCUAAAACCCCUGACAAUCAAGAUUUCAAUGACGUGACAAAUUUCCGUAGGACACGUGCCUUAACGGUCACCUGCGGAGAAAUGACACAGAGCUUCAACUUGGAGACAAUGAUGCUUGACCGAACCGUCUACAAUCCGCAACGAGUGCCUGUGAGACUGCGUGGGGACAUGCAGACGGUGAGAGGGGAGAAUGAUGGGGAGUCGGCCCCAGCCAACUCACCUUUCACUGGAAUGAGGUAUCCCAACAUUAGGCAACUGGACCUUCAGGUUAUGGAGGUGUUGCGGCGUGGUUUACAUCCAGCUCUGCGUUGCAACUGUAUUCGCUUUCUUGUCACCUUUGCCGUGGCACUAGCUGCGUUUGCUGCCGGUCUUGCGCUGAUUAUUUACGUUAGAUUCACCCUAGAGACACGCUGUUGUCGUGUUUCUGAUGGAAUCUGUCUAGUUGGGGCAGGAGACGCGUCUGAAAACGUUAAAAGCAACCCCUUUUGCGAUGUCAAAAAGAAUCCCGCACUUUUAAAAGCCACGGAAGCGUUUCUCUUCAGUCAUCUCGCAAGCCCAGGUGGGUUUAUUGUUGCAUCAACGUCGUGUAUGUUUAUGGCAUCCCUUCUGGCGGUAGCGGUGAGUUAUUUUACAACCCGGGCAGCAGCACUAGAAAAUUCGCGUCCUUUGUUUUAUAUCGUUAUGAUGGCUCUUCACAUAGUCGUUAAUGCAAUUGCGUCUGCGUUUGCUGCAUACACACUAUAUAUUUUCUCCCAUACGACGCAUGAGGUGCCGUGUUCGUCGUUUAAGGGAGACACGGCGGUCUUCUGUAGCGCUGCUCAGGAACUCUGUCCGGACUAUGCGAUUAAGGUUCAGGCUCGUCAUCCAGUCCACGCAACUAUUGCUCUGUCAGCUGUUUUCUUUUCCCUUUGCGUUGUGGAAUUUUUUGCCUCAUUCAUUUCGUCCAUGCCAGAUGAAAAAAAGCUGCAGACAAUUUCAAAAGCAAAGCCUGAAACCAAUGUAUUUUACCCCAGCGUGUACGCCCCUGACGGUGUUGGUGAAAUGGAGAAACGAAAGCUAAGGAAACACAUUGCGCACCGUCUUAGGAAACAGCUGCAGGAGCAGAUGCAGCAACAGGACGUCCUUUUGACCCGGAACGCCACAAUUGGUGAAAUGAUAUUAGCCAAGCGUGAGAAGACCUUGAUGGGUGAUUUGUCAAACGGGAAUUGUAUCAUAAAUGCACGUGACUGGAACGAUGAGGAGCUGCAAGAUCCACUGCACUACAUGAUAGCUCCUGGUGGGACCAGCAGUGAAAAUGACAUGGCUAAAGAGGAGAAACAGAAAAUGUCAGAUACAAAUAAAGAAGAUUGGCAGCUACCCUCUUGCCUACUUGAGGAAGUAGCGCGGAUUAGUAGUCGAAUCCAAGCUUCGACGAGUGGCAAAACAACUCUAGUUUCCCCCAAUGAAUUAGCUAGAUAA